UGGAAUCCAUUUACCAACACACAUUUCUGCAAAUAUACCAUUAAUAGCGCGAAUAUAAUUACUUAGAAUUAAAUUAAUGUGUAUGUCGUCCUAUUUUCUAAUAGUUUUGCCCUUGUAAAAACUUUCUGCCACGACCAAUGUAGUGCAAAGAGCAAUAGCUAUGAAUCGCCCAAAAGCUAGCUAACUAGCUUGCUUGCUAGCAAGUUCUCUGUAACAGCUGUUAAAUUUGCUAGGUUGGACAUUUUUGUGAACUUACAAUGUUAAAUUUCGACAUUAUUUAUUUUUUCAAACAAAUGGGUUUUUAUGAAAGUCAUUAUUUGUUUAUCCAGGCGGGGCCACUCUGGUCUGCUUAUUGCCUUCACAAAGCGGAUGGGAUGUCCCAGAGCUAGAUAUGUCACUGACAGUAACAAUAAUUAUCUGCUGAGGAUAACCGAGAGGGGACACUGCUCUCUUUAGUGGCUCUGCUAGUGAAAUAUCUCCUUUAUGGCACCCCCUCCUCUGGGCAGGGGCAAUAAGAACCAGAGUGGCCCCAAUAAGAUGAAAGUGUUAAAUUUAAAGUUACAUUAUAUCAGUGCAUGGAACACUUAGACUGCAAGUUUUGAGCGGUUCUCCAAACAAUUUGGAAAGUAUAUGCCACUUUCACACAUUUCUCUGUAAGCUGUUUUUAACAACUCUCACUAACAAAGACAGAACAGGAUUGCAGCUACUGUCUAAUCAACAUUGACAUUAGUCCACCUAUGUUUAGCUAUGACUGGUCUCAAAAGCCAAACCUAACGCUGUACCCAUUUUGUUGAUAACUGUCUUGUGGGUUGGCUGAAAUACUUAUAACGUCCCCCAAAUCCUCUCCAACCUCUUCUUGAUGUCAACAUUCUAAUUGUAAUUGGUAAACAUUUGUUUGUCAGUCAAAACUUUCAGUAAUUUUCCAGAAUUCUUCUAGAUAGAAAUGUCCAAUCUCCACUGGCUGGCAAUGUACAGCUCCAAAUGAGAAAGCAUUGGAAAUCACAGAUAUGGAUAAAAUCAAUAACUCAAUGUAGCUACAGACUCACUCCAUACUAAUUUCCAUUCUUUGCCCCACAGGGAACAGAACUUGCCAAUAGCGUUUGAGUGAGAGAUGCCUCGUGGCAGCUGGGCGCAAUGUUGCUCAUGCCUGGUAGACAACACUUUUAGAAUAACCCUUUGGCAGGCGAACACAUCUCUAUUCCUGUGUUAAACUUUUACUUUCAAUACUGUUUUGAACGCUGGUUUGAAGGCUGUUCAACUGAGCAUUCUGUAAGUGCUGAUGGAGCCUUGGUGUAAAAGGCAUUACUGUGGCGUGGUCAUAUAAUGCCAUCUCUGGAAAAUUAGUAGUUAAACCUUGAUUUUAAUUUUAUCGGCUUGAUUUUAGAUGUAGUAUAACGUUAGCAAGCUUACUAAGAUUGCACUGUAUUUGAGCUAGCGAAAUAACCUUAGCAUUGAAAGAUGUGUCUGUCAUUGCUAGCAAAUGACAACAAUUUUGAUGACAUCAUGAUAAUGACAAUGUUCUUUUCCAGUUAAUAUUUGACCACUUUAGCAAUGUCAGCAUUUUCCCCUUAUAUUUUAAUGUAGACUGAAGAAUAAUUAACUCCUGUUUGCAGUUAUUAGCCCCAUUUAAUGUUUUCCCAUAGUAAUAGCGACAUCUGUAGCGUAAAAUUCUGAUAACCAUAGUAUCAAUGUGACCCAUUAAUGGAGGUGUAAUCCCUGAAUAACUUUGUCAAGUAAAUCUCCUGUGUGUUCAGUUAGCACACAGAACAGUAUCAAAAACUUCUAAUGUCGAUGUUGUUGAAAAGAAAUACAGCAACCAUACAUGGGGAAUAUAAUAAACUGUUCUGAAAACAGGCAGGGGAGGGUGAAGUAGGAGAUUUGUUGUUGGAUUAUCGCCCCAGGAAUAGUUCACACAUCUGAUUGGCUAUAAGGGAACAUUUGACACGUUGUCCCACCAGUUGUGAAUUUAGGUGUAUGGGAAUGGGCUUACAUUAGAGAGAAUUUCACAGCUACUCUCACCCAGAGAGUUAUACAUUCUCAUAAUUCUUUAAUAAACAGAUCAACUGACAAAGUCAACCGACUGAGUUAGCCUACCCAAUUCCAUUAACCUGUUCCCAAAUGAGCUAUUCACCAUUCGAUCACCCUGGAAAUUCAGCAGCUUUCAUCCAACUCCGUUUUGGCGGGGCAAACUUCCUUCUACAUUUGAAAGCAGACAGCAUAGCUGGCCUUUAAUGUACUUUUUCUGUUUCUGUCGUAUAUUGUUCUUGUGGCCCUGACCAUCGGGUCCUGGAUGAGGUAAAUGAUCACUGAACAGUAGAGACCAGGGAGAUAACUUAGGGGACAGAGGUUUUCAUGUGAUUUAAAAAUAAUUGAAUUCUCUGAUCCAUUUAACUUUGAUAAGUCAAUUUAGAUCUAUUUGAAAGAAAAUUGUGAAGCACAUUUGAUUAAUAUGCUAGUAUACAUACAGGUAAAUAUUUUGGUUGAAUGUGCCUCUUUCUAUGCCCUCAACAAAUGAGUUCUAUCACUUUACUUAGGCUACUCAAUAUCAUGUUAGCCUACUGAAUAUCUUUUUCUUUUUCUUUUUUUAAUACCUACUACAGUUACAUAUUGGAAGCAACAUACUUAAAUUGAAACACACAAAAAAAAGCUAUACAAUACAUUACUAAUGAAUGGCUCAUAAAAAAGCAUACUAAAAUACUUUUUAAAAUAACCAGUGUAAUAGCAUGCAGAGCAAUUGCACAAAUAGAGGGCUACAAACAUGCCUGUUCACACUGAAAAAGUGAUGUUGUUUGUGCAAUUAGACUGCACGUGAGCACCAAUCAAAAUGUCUCUAAUACUUUAAUCAAACAUUGGACUUCAUACAGCUUCCUAUCCAGACCUGGGAGUCACUGUGUAGUCAUGGGUGAUGGAGAUCAAUUCAAAUGCACCCCAACAUGCUGAAGAGGGAUCUGAAGGGACUGGUCAGGAGAUCGUGAGCCCUGAGAGCUAUAUAAAGCACCCCCUCCAGAACAAAUGGUCUCUGUGGUUCUUCAAAAAUGAUAAGAGCAAAACAUGGCAGGCUAACCUCCGCCUCAUCUCCAAGUUUGACACAGUUGAAGAUUUCUGGGCUCUCUAUAAUCAUAUUCAGUUGUCAAGCAAUCUGAUAUCUGGAUGUGAUUACUCCCUUUUUAAGGAUGGCAUCGAGCCUAUGUGGGAGGAUGAGCGAAACAAACGUGGAGGACGCUGGCUGAUCACACUCAGCAAGCAGCAACGGAGACAAGACCUGGACCGCUUCUGGCUAGAAACACUUCUCUGCCUUGUUGGAGAGGCUUUUGAUGACUAUAGUGAUGAAGUAUGCGGGGCAGUUGUCAAUAUUCGCACAAAAGGGGACAAAAUAGCCAUCUGGACAGCAGACUUUGACAACAGGGAAGCCAUAACACACAUAGGGAGAGUGUAUAAGGAGCGAUUGGGAAUCCCAUUGAAGAUGACAAUUGGCUACCAGUCUCAUUCUGACACUGCCACCAAGAGUGGCUCCACAACCAAAAACAAGUUUGUGGUCUGAAAAUUUACCAGGUGCCAUUUGUUUUUGUCUACUCUUCUUUGUGGGUGCAUUUGUUUACUUAGCUGAAAUGACUGCGUGACACAAUCUGAGAAAAACUCAUGAUAUAUACCAAAGCUGAAAAAGAAACAGUCCUGGACUUCAGAACACUAGCUACCUGGUCACACUACCACCCCCCACCCCCCGGAGCAAACAAAAACACACACACAUCACCCUCACAUGGACAUGUAAACACAAAGGAAGUUUCAUGGUAGGAAAUGUAACUUGUUCUGAGUGUUCUUAAAACUACAGUUCAAAUUUAUAAUGUUGAUUUAUUUAAUGGCAGGGAGUUUAUUUGAAAUGCAAAAUGAACAAGUAUCUCUCUGCCCAUAUAUAGCAUUGUAAUUGCUGUAAUUCAUAAUGAUGUUAUGCCGUUUUAAUUUAUUCUAUCAAUUACCUUUUUGGACCUCUGUGCUAUGGCCUUAAUUCUGAAGUGCAUGCAAUCAAGCCUUUCUAAACAUUUCAUCAAUCAUUUAGUCUUUGUGUUAACAUGAUUAAAAAUUGGUUUUGCAAUUCAGUAGAAGCUGUUUUUAUAUUGUGGUAUACUUCUUGUAAUUUGUACAUUCCUUGUUAGAAAUGGGUGGGUAUUACAGUGAUGCUGUAUUGCAAUUUAUACAUUUAUUAGUGAUUGGUUUUGAUCUUCUGCCUGCAAUGAAAACACAGCACUAACAAGUCUUAAAAUAAAGUUUUUUUGUGAAUUCA